GCUGCGGCGGCGCGGGGCGGCAGGUAUCGCUGCCGGCGGAGCCGGGCCGGGUCGGCGGGGCCAUGGGGAAGGUUCAGCUGUUCGAGAUCCGCUUGGGCGAGAGCCGCGUGGUCUACAGCCCCGGGGAGCCGCUGGCCGGCACCGUCACCGUGCGGCUCUCGGGCUCGCUGCAGUACCGAGCCAUCAAGGUGAGCUGCGUUGGAUUCUGUGGGGUGUCUAGCAAGAUCAAUGACACAGCGUGGACCGUGGAGGAGCAGUACUUCAACAGCACACUGUCUCUGGCAGACAAAGGGGUCCUGACAGCUGGAGAGCACAACUUUCCCUUCCAGUUCCUGCUGCCAGCCUCUGCUCCAACAUCAUUUGAAGGCCCUUUUGGCAAGGUCCUCCAUCAGGUGAAAGCUGUUAUAGACACACCUCGUUUCUCCAAGGACUACAAAUGCAACAAGAUCUUCUAUGUUCUCUGCCCUCUCAACUUGAACGACAUCCCCGACAUCGAGCAGCCCAACACCAUGUCCAUCACCAAGAAGUUCAACUACAAGCUUGUGAAAAGUGGCAACAUCAUCCUGACUGCCACCUCGGAUCUGAAAGGAUACAUUGUGGGACAAGCCAUCCAGCUCCGCACCGACAUCGAGAACAAAUCCGGGCGGGACACUGGGGCCGUGGUGGCCAGUCUGCUCCAGAAAGUGGCUUAUAAAUCCAAGCGCUGGAUUUACGACCUGAGGACCAUCGCGGAGGUGGAAGGCUCAGGAGUGAAAGCCUGGAAACACGCGGAGUGGAGGGAGCAGAUCCUGGUUCCAGCACUGCCCCAGUCCAUCCUGCAGGGCUGCAGCCUCAUACACAUCGACUACUACAUCCAGGUUUCCCUCAAGUCGCCCGAGGUUUCAGUCACUCUCCCCAUUUACAUUGGAAACAUUGCUGUCAACAGGGUGCCCCUGAGCCCCUCCCGCUCCAUCCAGCACAUCCCACCGGCCGUGGUGCCCAGUGCCCCCCCGGAGGAAGAAGAGGCCGCCAGCGGUUACCACCCGAUGGACAAUGUCUCCAUCCCCACCAAAAGCCAUUCCCAGCAGCAGCCGUUCAGCUACGCCCCAGGACUGAGCUUCCAGGAGCUGAGGGUGGUGGACUCGGAGCAGACGGGCUCCCCAGGCCACCCCACGCUCUGCCUGUCCACGGGAGCCACCGUCCCCUACUACGCCGAGGGCAACGUGGUGCCCGUCCCCACGGCCAGCUCGCUCAUCCUGCCUCCAGAGUACAGCACCUGGGGGUACCCCUAUGAAGCACCUCCAUCCUACGAGCAGAGCUGCAGCAGUGCCAACUCCAGCAUCAGCAAUGGCAACUAACCCCCCUGCUGCCAGUCCCGCCGGCGCUGCCCGGCUCAGCUGCCACUGCAAAGUCUGGUACAGCACAAGGCGUCUUCUUAUCUCUCUGGCUGCUUGGUGGGGUAAAUGGCACAUCCCAGCCUGGCCUUUUUAAGUCUCUUUUCUAGGAAGCAGGGGGAGGAAACCAAAAAAGGGCAACCAGAACAGCCUGUGUGUGUGUGGAGGGAGAGGUCUGGGAAACAACCUCUCCUGCUGCUGCAGCAAGUGCUGGAGAGCUGGUUUUGCCCCAGAGAUGCCCUCUGCAGCAGCCUGUGUUUAAAGUACUGUAGUCAACACUAACUGCUUUACUAUCAAAGCACCUGUGAUGCCUUAUCUGAAAUGCUCCUGACUUGGCAUGGCUCCACUCUAGGUGAGGGCUGGGCCCUGUGGACUUUCUCUUCUCUUGUAGGGGCCGCAUGUGCUCUCCAGAAGUGGUUUUGGCAGCCCUUCCUCCUUGUCCUCAUAGGUCCUAGUGGUAGCUGAAAUGGGAGGUUUCUUGGAGUAAGCAGGUUCAGAAGGUCAGGGACUCCUAAAAAGCCAAAAGCUCAAGCCCUUGUUAUACCAGGGUUGUGGGGUGAGCAACUGGCAGCCUUUGGUCCCCUGGCAGCACUGCCACUGCCUGCUGUGGGGAGAGCAGAGCAGGCUCUGGCAGUGGGCAGCACUCUGGGGCACUUGCUCAUAACCCAGGAGGCCCUGGUGGGCUGUGGAGGGAGAGCCCCCUGUGCCGUGGGGUGCCCACCAACCAGCUUCUGGCCUUGUCCAGCAAGGGCAGCUUUUCAGAAGCCCUGUAGGAGACAAUCCAUCCUUGCUCACUGCUAGACCACAGCUCUACUCAGUCUGCAGGUGGGGGCACCAGCUCCCCCGUGUCUCAUCUCCCACCCCUGCAGGGUGCCCUGUCCAUCCCAGCUGCCUCUGCCCUGGGCAGCCCAGAAUUACAUGACAAUCACCUUGCAAAAGUCUGUCUGAUGCUACCUCUGAGUCUGCCCAAGGAACCUGUCCAUGGAGGCCCUUCCUUCCCUCUGGAACGACCCUCCUGGAGGCUCAGCCUGCUGUCUCUGGCAGGAGCAGUCCGUGCUGCCCAGCUGGUGCAGGAGGUGCUCAGCCUGGGGUGUGUUCCCUGGUUUGCCACUUGUCUCCUGAGCCACCUCUCGAGCCACAGCAGGAUGGAAAACAGAGGGAGUGGGAACACAAACUGCUGCAGCUCAUUUGCAGCCUCGGCUGGACCUGGCAGGUGGGGGGUGGGAAAAGCUGGUGGAUGCAAACCAACAUUUUACUUUUGUGCUUUCUUGCUUUGUAUUGAUUGCCCGAGGUGGGGAAGACACAAACCAGAUAAUUAAAGAGCCACGGGUAUCCAGCCAGGGCUGGGACUGCAAAACCUGGGACACCUCAGAGAAGGGGUCUCUGCAACUGCCUGACGCUGGGCAGGCAGGAUCUAACCAGCCUGUUAGGAGCUCUGCAGCCUCUGCCUCCUCAGCUCAGCUCUCUGCACUCUCCUGGCACGUUGCUGGGGACAAGCCCUGCUUUGCACUCUUUCUUUGCAAAUGCUUUUUAUUUUUUUUUUAAUAUUUUUUUUUUUAGGUGUUGAACUGCUUUAAGGGUAGUGUAGAGAAGGUGCCGUGCUGAGCAGUGCUGGCACAACGUGCACCAGUGGUGAUAGAAUGAUUGUCAUUGUCCCUGAAAAUAUAUAUAUAUAUAUAUAUAUAUGAGAUGAAGUUUUGUUUUUAAUGAUUGAAUUCAUAAAUACAAAUUUUAAUGCUAUAUUUAAUAAAUUAUUCUAAGAGAAA